CAAAGAGAUACUGCAGAUUCCUCCUUUCCAGUCGAGCAUGUUUUUAGUCCUAACCAACCCUCCAUAGAAACCGACAUCUUAUCCGUGAUUCUUAUCUGUCAUCUUGUACUCUAAAUAUCUCUCUCUGUACAUGUAUUUUUUUUUAUGUUUUUGAUGUACACGGAACUGAAUUCUUGCCUUUCACGAGAUGAUAUGAGAGUAGGAGGAGGGGAGGAGUGGUAAUAGCUUUUAGUCCCUUUUAGCAUGAGUUUUGUGGACUCUUUCUUGCCUUUUAUGUCUCUCUCUGUGUGUAUAUAUAGGGACUUCACGUGCCUUAUUUUUUAUUGAACCAUUCAAGGCUUUUUGGCUUUUGAUCCUUUCUUGGUUUGGUUUUUUUUUUUUCUGGUCGUUUGCCCUUUACAAUUCUGGGUUCAUUAGUAUAGGAUGAGUACUACUUGAAUUUGAUGGUUUUGAGCUUUGUUUAAGCUGAAUUUUAGUAAAGUUUGAGGUUUUGGUUUUGGUUAAAGUUCAUGUUUUGAUUCUUUCUAGUUGAAUUUGAACUCAAAAGACUUGUUCUUUUGGUGUUCUGCUCAUUGCUUAAACAGUGAUUUGUACAAAUAGGAAAAGAAAUGAAGGGUUUGAUUGUUUUGGUUGUGUUGUCCAUGCUAUGUGGUUUUGGUACGAGCAAGGAGUGUACAAACACUCCUACUCAGUUAUCGUCGCAUACAUUUCGAUAUGCACUGCUAUCAUCAGAGAAUGAAACUUGGAAAGAAGAAAUGUUUGCACACUACCAUUUGACACCAACUGAUGAUUCAGCUUGGGCUAAUUUGUUGCCAAGAAAGAUACUUAGAGAAGAAGAUGAGUAUAGUUGGGCAAUGAUGUAUAGGAAUUUGAAAAGUCCUCUUAAAUCCUCUGGGAAUUUCCUCAAGGAAGUCUCAUUGCAUAAUGUGAGAUUGGAUCCAAGUUCAAUUCAUUGGCAGGCUCAACAAACAAAUUUGGAGUACUUGUUGAUGUUGGAUGUGGAUAGCUUGGUGUGGAGCUUUAGGAAAACUGCAGGUUUGUCUACACCAGGCACAGCUUAUGGUGGUUGGGAGGCCCCGAAUUGCGAGCUUCGGGGUCAUUUUGUAGGGCACUACUUGAGUGCAUCAGCACAGAUGUGGGCUAGCACUCACAAUGAUAUUCUCGAAAAGCAAAUGUCUGCGGUAGUAUCUGCUCUAUCUUCCUGUCAGGAGAAAAUGGGCAGCGGAUACCUUUCUGCUUUCCCAUCUGAGUUAUUUGAUCGGUUUGAAGCUAUAAAGCCUGUCUGGGCUCCUUAUUACACUAUUCAUAAGAUCCUGGCAGGUCUUUUGGACCAAUAUACAUUUGCAGAUAAUGCUCAAGCUUUAAAAAUGGUGAAGUGGAUGGUUGAUUACUUUUAUAAUCGAGUACGUAACGUUAUAACCAAUUUCAGUGUGGAAAGACAUUAUCAAUCACUGAAUGAGGAAACUGGUGGCAUGAAUGAUGUCCUUUACAAGUUAUUCAGCAUUACUGGAGAUCCAAAACAUUUGGUGUUGGCUCACCUGUUUGACAAGCCUUGCUUCCUUGGUUUGCUUGCAGUACAGGCUGAAGACAUAUCAGGUUUCCACGCCAAUACACACAUCCCUAUCGUUAUUGGUGCACAGAUGAGAUAUGAAAUCACUGGAGAUCCACUUUAUAAGGAUAUAGGGACAUUCUUCAUGGAUAUAGUCAACUCUUCUCACAGCUAUGCAACUGGAGGAACUUCUGUUAGCGAGUUCUGGUCAGAUCCAAAGCGACUGGCUAGCACAUUACAGACUGAAAAUGAGGAAUCAUGCACAACUUACAAUAUGCUGAAGGUCUCCCGCCACCUGUUCAGAUGGACCAAAGAAAUGGCUUAUGCAGAUUAUUAUGAGCGUGCUCUGACAAAUGGUGUGCUAGGCAUCCAAAGAGGAACAGAGCCUGGAGUGAUGAUAUACAUGCUUCCACAACAUCCCGGAAGUUCCAAAGGCAAAAGCUAUCAUGGAUGGGGGACAUUGUACGAUACUUUUUGGUGCUGCUAUGGAACAGGAAUUGAAUCAUUUUCAAAGCUGGGAGAUUCCAUAUAUUUUGAAGAGGAAGGAGAAGCCCCAGGUCUUUACAUUAUUCAGUAUAUAUCAAGCUCUCUUGAUUGGAAAUCUGGACAGAUCAUGAUCAAUCAGAAAGUUGAUCCUGUUGUUUCUUCGGAUCCUUAUCUUCGGGUGACUUUCACCUUUUCUCCAAACAAGGGGUCAAGCCAAGCAUCUACCUUGAAUUUGAGGAUACCAGUUUGGACACAUUUAGAUGGUGCUACCGCAACAAUAAACUCUCAGAGUUUGGCUAUACCGGCUCCAGGUAGUUUCUUAUCAGUCAAUAGAAAAUGGAGCAGUGGUGACAAAUUAAGCCUACAGCUUCCCAUUAGUUUGAGAACAGAGGCCAUACAAGAUGACCGGCACCAGUAUGCUUCUAUUCAGGCAAUACUCUAUGGUCCUUACCUGCUUGCUGGUCAUACCAGUGGUGACUGGAACCUCAAAGCCGGGUCUGCUGGUUCUCUUUCAGACUCUAUAACACCAAUCCCUGCCUCUUACAAUGAACAACUAGUAUCUUUUUCCCAAGACUCUGGAAAUUCAACUUUUGUGUUAACAAAUUCAAACCAGUCAAUUACAAUGGAAGAGCACCCGAAAUCUGGCACUGAUGCUUGUCUUCAAGCAACAUUUAGAAUUGUCUUUAAUGACUCUUCUUCCUCCGAAGUCCUCGGAAUUAAUGAUGUUAUUGACAAAUCAGUGAUGCUUGAACCAUUUGAUCUUCCUGGAAUGCUUUUAGUGCAGCAAGGAAAAGACAGCAGCCUUGCCGUCACAAAUUCUGCUGCAGAUGAUGGUUCAUCUAUCUUCCAUGUGGUUUUGGGACUAGAUGGAAAAGAUGGAACUGUGUCCUUGGAAUCAGGAAGCCAGGAGGGUUGCUAUAUAUACAGUGGUGUCAAUUACAAGUCAGGCCAGAGCAUGAAGCUUAGCUGCAAGCUAGGGUCCUCAGAUCCAGGAUUUAAUCAGGGAGCCAGCUUUGUAAUGAACAAAGGACUAAGUGAAUAUCAUCCAAUCAGCUUUGUGGCAGAGGGGGACAAAAGGAAUUUUCUUCUUGCACCAUUACAUAGUUUGAGGGAUGAAUUUUACACCAUUUAUUUUAACAUUCAAGCUUAAAAUGUGUGGAUAGAGCUAUUGUUUCCAUGAUUGGAAGAUAAAGUACAGCUCAUAUUUAUUAACAAAAGCUGGCAGUUGUUAUCAGUGCUAUGCUCUUAGAUAAAUUCAAUGCAACGCAAGUUUGGCCAA